AUGAAUACAGCACCAUUAAUCCCACCACGUGUACAAUCACCGUCAUUUAUUCGUAAAAGAAAUUUACCGACUCCUCCUCCUUCUUUUGCUGAUGUCAACGAUUCUUCAUCAUGUUCUUCUUCUUCUUCUUCUUCUGCCUAUUCGACAACUACAACUACUAGCAGCACAACGCUUAGUGACAAUAAUAAUACAGUAGCAUCGUGUGAUUUAUUAAACAUAAUAACUGAUGCUCGCUUUCGUCCAGUAUUUCAAGCUAUUGAUGAAAUAAAACGACGUAAAUGUCGACCAGACCUUGAACGUAUACUUAAAUAUGUUGGAAAACGAUAUAUAAGCAAUAAUAUUUCGUCUCAACGUGAUGAAAUACUUGCAAUACUUGAUGAUUUACUUAAAUUUGGUCUUAUUACAAAAGUAUUUCAUAAAGGUGGCUUUACUAUACGAAUUAAAAAUGAAAAAUAUGCUAAACUAAUUGAAAAAAUGAAUAUAUGCUAUAGUCAAAAAACACCCACAGCAACGCCAAUGAGUCCACAUGAGGCAAUGGCUGCUGCUGCAGCUGCUGGUACCAUUAAUUUAAAUGAUCAACAAUGGUCAAUAACAAAACAAUAUUUAUUAAAUUCAAAUGAAAUGAAUAAUAAUGAUCAUCAUCGUCAUACACGUGAAACACCAUCACCUGAAUUUGCUGUAUUUAAAAUGGAAGCAUCAUCACCUGUAUAUUCAUCAAUUGAUCAAAAUAAUAAUUCGGGAAAAUUUCCCAUGAUAAAAGAAAAUACUCUUACAAAUGGAUCUAUUGUUAUACCAUCAACAUCUUCAACUACAAAAUCAAACCAUAAACGAAGUCGAAAUGAAACAAUACCACCAACUGCAAGUAAAAAGCCAUGUCUAAUUAAAACGUCUGAUUCAAUUCUUUCAUCUUCUCCUACUAUUCUUCCUAUUGUUAAUAAUCCUGAUGAACAUUUAUUUCGUAAACCAUCAAUAACAAAUAAUAAUUUACCACCGAUAACAAUUGAACAAUUACUUGGAUUGCGUGGUGAUAUACCUGAUGUUCAUAAUUGGUCAACAAAUGAAUUAAAUGAAUUUUUUCAUCAACAAGGAUAUGAAUAUGCGUCAAUUGUAUUAAAUAAACAUCAUAUUAAUGGAAAUAAAUUAUAUGGACUUAAACGAGAACAAGUAUUUCGAAUGUCAACACUUAAAAUUGGUAAAGCACUUAAACUAUGGAAUGUUAUUGAACAGAUACAACAAAAAUCAUUAUCUUAA